GUGAGCCUGUUGGGGGAGUGAAGGGCACGCGGGCUGCGGAGUGAGCGCCGUUAUUAUGGAAUAAAUACUGGGGGCGCCCCGUUCACGCAGCAUUAAAGCACGACCGCGGCUCCACAGCGAGCGCACGAGAGGCCGAGAGAGGGAGAGAGAAAGGGAACUACAGGAGAGAGAGAGAGAGUGAGUGAGAGAUAAAGAGAAAGAGAGGGAGAGAAGCGGGAUUAGGAUGGUGAUCAGGGUUUACAUCGCCUCUUCGUCCGGCUCUCUCGCGGUAAAGAAGAAUCAGCAGGCCGUGGUGGGCUUCCUAGAGGCAAACCGGAUCAGUUUUGAGGAAGUGGACAUCACCAUGCAGGAGGAGCAGAGACUGUGGAUGUACCAGAACAUUCCGCCAGAGAAGCGGCCAGAGAAGGGCAACCCACUGCCCCCUCAGAUCUUUAAUGGAGCAGAAUACUGCGGGGAUUAUGAAGACUUCUUCCAAUCUAAAGAAACCAACACAGUGUUUUCGUUUCUUCGCCUCAACUCUCAACCCUCAGUGAAGGAUUCUGAAUCCUAGGCUAUAAACAUUCCCUUGACUGAAGCACUGUGGCGCUGUUUCGUGAUGUAUCUUUCUUCCUGGGAGCGUGAAGCCCUUACUGCCAGCCAUGCUUAUGCCAAACACCAAAACCUGCUGCCCACCAGCCCCCCCACACACUCAGAGGAUUAAAGAGACCUUUCCUUGACAGUUA